AUGGGCAGGUAUCAGCAUCGACCUGUGCCUAGAUCCGAAGGGAUGAUGGUAUCUACUUGGCCUGACAUCUCCCAUAUUGCGAUAUCCAAACCGGAACUGAUCGGUGUCUUACGACAAAUGGGUCCUCAAGUCAAGUGGCCUCCUAAGAUGAGGGCCGCGGAGGCUAAUCGAAACCCCAAGCGAUGGUGCGAGUUCCAUAGUGACCAUGGUCAUACUACGGAGGAUUGCAUAGCCCUGAAGAUGGAAGUUGCCGAGCUCCUCAAGAAAGGCUACCUACGGGAGUUCCUCUCGAAUAAAGCUAAGAACCUUCUAAAUAAAGAAGGUCCCGGUCUCCCUAUCGAGGCAACUCCUGCAUUGCCACCACAGCUAGACCGGGUGAUCCAUGUCAUCACAGGCAGAUCAGAAGUAAGCAGAAUUAGCAGUGCCGCAGCCAAGAGAACAAACUGCUUGGUCAAGCGAAUACUGGUAGAUAAUGGGAGCUCCAGCAACAUAAUCUUCCAUUCGGCCUUCGCCGACCUGGGUUUGGAACCUACAGCUCUUACCAGAAAGGCAACUCCCCUCGUAGGCUUCAGUGGAGAAGUCAAACAAACCUUCGGAGAGGUCCUUCUUCCUGUGUAUGCCGAAGGGGUAAACCAAGCCACGAAGUUCCUGGUUGUCGAUUGCCCCUCAUCAUACAACGUGAUAUUGGGAAGGCCUUGGAUCCACGACAUGGGAGUUGUACCUUCAACUUUGCACCAGCUGGUCAAGUUCCCAACCCCUUGGGGCAUCAAAGCGGUCAAGGGAGAUCAAGAGAAUGCUAGGUCUUGCUCUCAGACUACCCUUAAGGGAAAGACUCAGGUCUUAUAG